CGCUGUUUGGACUCUUUUUGCUCCGGACUCAGGCUGAAGGUAGAAAAUGUGAAAUAACAUAAAAACAAGUUUUCCUGAGAACAUUUCGAUCUUCUGAUCGCCGAUGCGAAGCUUCUGCAGAAACCCGCUGAUUUUUUGUUUUUUCUUGGGGAAUAAAAAGGAAAACUGAGCUUCAGGGAGUCGCUUCAUGUUCUUCUGUUUGGAGGAUCCGCGUUCUGCUCCGUUCAGGACCAUGACCACCUCCAGCAGCAGGACUCUGCUCCUCCUCAAGGCGACCAAAUGACAUGAGGGACUGAAGUUUGAGGACAUACCGCCCCCUGCUGGACUCCAGUUGCAGCUGCAGGCCAUGGCUGACAACAGUUACUCCGACCUGAUUGCCAAACACUACAACUACACUGGCAAGUUCCGCAAGUCGACCCAGCAGGACUCGGGUCUAAAGGCUGACUCGGUGAUCUUCAUCAUCGUAUGCUGCUUCAUCAUCCUGGAGAACAUCCUGGUCCUGGCCACCAUCUGGAGGACCAAGAAGUUCCACAAGCCCAUGUACUACUUCAUUGGGAACCUGGCGCUGUCCGACCUGCUGGCUGGUGUCGUCUAUACCGCCAACAUCCUGCUGUCUGGUGCCAACACCUACAAGUUGACCCCCACGCAGUGGUUCUUCAGGGAGGGCAGCAUGUUUGUGGCGCUGGCAGCAUCCGUCUUCAGCCUGUUGGCCAUCGCCAUCGAGCGGCACCUCACCAUGCUAAAGAUGAAGCUGCACAACAAUGGGAACACGUUCCGAGUCUUCCUGCUGAUCAGCACCGUGUGGAUGAUUGCAGCGGUGCUGGGCGGCCUGCCGGUGAUGGGCUGGAACUGCAUCCAGAGCAUGGCGCAGUGCUCCACCGUCCUGCCACUUUACCACAAGACCUACAUCCUGUUCUGCACCACUGUCUUCAGCAUUAUCCUCAUGGCCAUCGUGGUGCUCUAUGCCCGGAUCUACGCCCUGGUACGCACCCGCAGCCGCAAACUGGUCUUCCGCAAAGUCACCAAUGGCAGAGGCAACACCAGCGCCAACAAUAAAAGUUCAGAGAAGUCCAUGGCACUGCUGAAGACUGUCAUCAUCGUUCUGAGCUGCUUCAUCGCCUGCUGGGCGCCGCUCUUCAUCCUCCUGCUCCUGGACGCGGCCUGUGAGACCCUGACCUGCCCCAUCCUCUACAAGGCCGAGUGGUUUCUGGCGCUUGCUGUCCUGAACUCCGCCAUGAACCCGCUCAUCUAUACGCUGACCAGCAACGAGAUGCGCCGGGCGUUCCUCAAGACGCUGCUUUGCUGCACCACCUGGAUCCGGCCGAAACCCAAAUUCACAGGACCAAUCAUGGGAGCAGAGUUCAGCCGCAGCAAGUCCGAUAAUUCCUCCCACCCCAAUAAGGAGGAGGGGGACUACUCACAGAAGGAGACGACGGCGAUAUCUUCCGGGAACGUCACCUCGUCAUCCUAAACAAGGAGACGGAGAGUUUGUGAUUAUUCUGAUGGUGCAGUCGCUGUCAUCUUGAACCUUCAGCGGAUCUCACUGGACUAACGGAGACUUACCCAACUGGUUAAACAGGAACCAGUGAAACCUGAGUUAGUGGGAGUCCGCACUCUGUAUGUAGCUUGUAAUGUCCGGCUGGUGUACCCGUAGCAUCUCUGGACGUUUCUGCUCCCAGCUGUCAGAACUGGGUCAGAACAGAACUGGAUUCAGCAGGAUUCCCCUCAGCCUUGUUGAUGAAACAAAACAUUUCCCUGGGAACACAAAGUGACGGGAUACUGGGAGCAUUGGGAAGGUUAAUAGCAGCUCUAGAAGUGGAUAUUCAUUGAAGGCUUUUGUUUGAACCAGACUUUAUACUUACCCUUCAAGAACAUCUAGAACUUGUAGCACUUAAACACACUACUGUCUAUUAUUUAAGAGAUUACUUCCUAUAAAAUGUCCCCCUUUAAUCCAGGGUCCUAAAGGAAACCCGACUUCUGGAAACCUGGCUGUGAAAUCAGAGCUCGGCUGCUUUUUCCUAUUUUUGUUACAUAAAUCAUACGAUUCAACAUCUAGGUUUGGACAAUUAUUACACCUUUCAACAGAAGAAGCUACAACUCAUGUUUUUAUUGCUCUUAAGUUUGAAAAUGCACUUAUGUCCAUAUAAAUGUUUGAUUUGUGGUAAAAAAGUGGUAAAAAUAUUAAAAUGCAAAAGGAAAGUCAAUGGAAGGAAAAAAACUUGUUUAAAACACAAGAUAAAUCUUUUUACUUAUUGUUGACAUUUUUCCACAACCUGGACUAAAGAAACAAUUAUUACAACAUAAAAAAUUUUUAAUGUAUAGGCGUAAAUCAAAUUAAUUUCAACUCUUAUUUGGCUGGCAAAAUUUUUAUUUCACAUAAUUUUCUAAAUCUUUACAUUGUUUUAUCUACAAUAAUGAAAAUAAUAAAUUAGAUAGAAAUGAUUAAUUAUGUAUUUUCAUAUUUUUUCAUCAAUUAAAACCAGGCUUCUUUACAUUUGAGGGGAUGCAUUAAAUUUACCCCCAGAAAGCAGUUUUGAUAGAUAUAAAUUCAAAUUUCCAUCUCAAAUUUCAACCAUUUGUUAUUUAAUAUAAAGCUUUUUAUUGCAUUAUUUGGAGCCGUUAUGUUUUCCAUUUGAAAGACCCAAACAGAAAACUAGUAGUUAUAAGGUGUUUUGUUCUAGUAAAAAAAGCUGUUAAAUAUAAAACAAAUUCUGUUUGUCUGUAGAUUUGAGUGGGAAACCAUCUGUCAAGAAACGCUUCUGAUUUU